CUAUAUGUGAAACUUUAUCGGUUUAAGUUUAACACACAGCUCAGAAUCUGAGAAAAAAAAAGAAAAAGAAAAAAAAAUACAAGAAAAAAAUUCAAUUUUUUUUAAAAAACUCCUGAUAAAUAGAAGAACUAAGAAAUCAAAAGAAAUAAAGCAAGGGUUGAAUCGAUCUACACUCUCUUAUCAAAGUUUUGAUCUUUUUGUUUUAAAGCCAUUUAAUUUCAUUGCUAGGAUGAUUUAACGCCGGGGGGAUGGUUUUUUGUAAGUGGAUAUCCAUGGUAGGCUUUGUUCAUUUGUGGGGAUUCUGACGGUUCUUCGAGUUAUUGGGUUGGCAUUUUAGAUAUUUGAUUUGAUAUACAUGCCAACACAGUUUGUGGUUGGAUAAUGGCUGUUGAGGCUCCUUCCAAACAUGUUUUUGAUUAUGAUGAUGAGGAUGACGAUGGGCCCGUAGUUUUCAAGAGGAGUAAUACCUCGUCCUCUAAGCAAAAUCAGUUAAACUCGGAAGUAAAGAAGGCAUCAUCUCAAAGGUCUGACGGACAGUCUGGCAGACAGGCCUCCAGUGUACGAGCUCCUAAUGGUCAAAAUUCUGUUGCCCAGACCAACAAGUCAAUCCCGCCGUCUAAGUCACCUCCCAUCAGAUCACCUAUUUUGAGCCCGAAAUCAUCUAAUUCAUCCUCCAAGGCAUCACCAGUGAGGUCACCAGUGGUUAGUUCUAAGGCAUCGACUUCAUUCAAUGAUCAGUCAAAACAAGCAUCGAAGCAGAAUAAGUUUACUGCUGUCAAGGAAGAGAAAAGCCCGAUUAAACGUACUGAUGAAACAAACAGCGACGACGACGACGACGAUGACUCAAAACCUUUGAGUGCAAGGCUUAAGGGGAUCUCAAGCCAGGGCAAUAAAGGGGUGAGCACUUCAACUCCUGCCCAGUCACAGCGAUUUGUACCAAAGAUUGAGGUAAAAGGAUCUGCUGAAGAUCCAGAUGAUGAUGCUCCUUUGUCUGCGAGGUUCAGCACAAAGUCUAAUACUGGGACAUCGAGCAGUAAGCCAUAUGGAUCUCAUGAGAAGAAACCUCUGGCUUCUAAAAUUCAGCAGAAUGGUUCUAUCAUGAAGGUCAAGCAGCAAAAGUCUUCCAUGUUGUCAGAUAAGAGACCUCUUGAUAAAGGCAAUUCAUCAGAUCAGUCUUAUGCUAAGAAGCCAAAGAUUUCAGAUACUCCUACAAUGAUGAAAACCAAGCAAGUUACUGUGAAAGCAGAAAAAGAUGAUGAAGAUGAUCAUAUUCCAAUUUCCCAACGGAUAAAAAAGUCGGUUUCAUCAGUCAGCAAAGCAUCGUCCGUGAAGCAAAAGGCAACCAAGGUUGUAUCUUCAUCAUUUAAAAAGAUAAAUAAGAAGUCGAAGAAAGAUAUGAAAAAAUCUAAAUAUAGCAAGUCAACAAAGCUGUCACCUAGUUCUGGUGAUGGACAGAAAAAAUGGAGUACCUUGGUUCACAAUGGUGUCAUAUUCCCUCCUCCAUACAAGCCUCAUGGGGUUAAGAUGCUAUAUGAUGGGCGACCAGUGGAUCUAACUCCUGAACAAGAGGAGGUGGCAACAAUGUUUGCGGUAAUGCAAGAGACUGAUUACAUGAGUAAACCACAGUUCAAGAAGAAUUUCUGGGAGGAUUGGAGUAAAUUACUGGGGAGAAACCAUGUCAUUAAGAGCUUGGACAAAUGUGAUUUCACUCCAAUCUAUGAGUGGCAUUUGCAGGAGAAAGAGAAGAAGAAGCAAAUGAGUUCUGAAGAGAAGAAGGCUUUGAAAGAAGAAAAAUUGAUGCAGGAGGAAAAGUAUAUGUGGGCUAUUGUAGAUGGUGUCAAAGAGAAGGUAGGAAAUUUCAGAGUUGAACCACCUGGACUUUUCCGAGGUCGAGGAGAGCAUCCCAAGAUGGGAAAGUUGAAAAGACGUAUUCGUCCAUGUGACAUUACUAUUAAUAUCGGAAAGGAUGCCCCAAUUCCAGAGUGUCCAAUCCCUGGUGAAAGGUUCAGACUUAAAAGACAAGAAGAGCAUUUAUUUUCUAUAAUAUACGUAAAUAUUGAAGGUUAUUUCAUUCUAAUGAUCUUAACUUUGAGAUUUCCUUUUUGUCUGACUGGCAGAUGGAAAGAUAUUAAACAUGACAAUACUGUUACAUGGUUAGCUUUCUGGAAUGAUCCCAUUAAUCCAAAAGAAUUCAAAUAUGUAUUUUUGGCUGCUAGCAGUUCUUUGAAAGGGCAAAGUGACAAGGAGAAAUAUGAGAAAGCAAGGCUGCUGAAGGACUAUAUCAAGAACAUCAGAGCAGCAUAUACAAAGGAUUUUACAGCGAAAGAUGUUACAAAAAGGCAAAUAGCGGUCGCUACCUAUCUAAUUGACAAAUUAGCUCUUAGGGCGGGAAAUGAGAAGGAUGAUGAUGAAGCUGAUACCGUUGGUUGCUGCACGCUUAAAGUAGGAAAUGUGGAAUGUAUUCCUCCAAAUAAAUUGAAGUUCGAUUUCCUCGGUAAAGAUUCGAUCCAAUACGUGAACACAGUAGAGGUUGAGCUUCCUGUAUACAAGGCAAUUGGACAGUUUCAAACUGGGAAAAGCAAAAGUGAUGAUCUUUUUGAUGAGCUUGAUACGAGUAAACUAAAUGCUCAUUUGAAGGAACUCAUGCCUGGUCUUACAGCGAAAGUCUUCCGUACCUUUAAUGCUUCCAUUACAUUGGACGAUAUGUUAAAUAAAGAAACCAAAGAUGGGGAUGUAGCAGAAAAAGUAGUAAUUUAUCAGCGUGCAAACAAGGAGGUUGCAAUCAUUUGUAAUCAUCAGCGCAGUAUCUCGAAAUCUCAUAGUGCGCAAAUGUCAAGGCUGACUGAGAAAAUAAAUGAGCUCAAGGGUCUUGUAAAAGAGCUAAAAACUGAUUUGGACAGGGCUAAGAAAGGGAAGCCGCCAUUGAAGGAUGCUGAUGGGAAGCAGAAGAGGAACUUGACCCCUGAAGCGAUAGAGAAAAAGAUAGCUCAAACAAAUGUAAAGAUCGAGAAGAUGGAACGGGACAUGCAGACUAAAGAGGAUCUAAAAACUGUAGCAUUGGGCACAUCCAAAAUCAAUUACCUUGACCCUCGAAUCACGGUUGCAUGGUGCAAGCGGCACGAAGUUCCCAUCGAGAAGAUAUUCAACAAGUCACUUCUGGCAAAGUUUGCUUGGGCAAUGGAUGUGGAUCCGGAUUUCAGAUUCUAAUCAUCCGUAAGGAAAACCAGGUUGGCGCCAUUAAAUUCUUACUCCGACCUACCUGUCCCCGGGAAAAAAAAAAGAGGGGGAGAAAGGAACAACCAAAACUCCCUUCUUUGUUGAAAUGAUGAUCCAUUUUUCCAUAUAUUUUUUUUUUAUCGGUUUUAGAGGGAAAAAUUCAUGUUAUAUGUCGAUCUAAUCUAAUCAAAGGGCUAGUUGGCCCAUUUCUUUUAUCCAUCCCUGUUGCUAAAGAAAUUGUCUGCUUUUUGAACAUUCCUUACUAACUGUUAAAUGUCGAACUGGAUAUACAUUGAACAAUGUUUCAUAAACAGAGUUAAAUUUUAUACAUUUGCUCCCUUUUUCUUACUA